UAGCGUUGAUGGGAAUUGUAGUAAAAAGCUAAAAUCUGCUGCGCUAUUGGUGGCGUCGAUGGUGUGUGACGUAAACUACAAUACCCAGUUAACACAAGGAGCCACGCAGUGUUGACGUGUAUUUUACUGAUAGUCUGAAAUCUUUCUGUUUCGCAUCAUCCAGCUGUCAAAGCUGGACAUCAUUUAACCGCAACUUGCACAUUUUUUUUACCGACAUAUUGUGAAUUUUAAGCGGUUUGGGGAUUCGCAACAGUGUGUGACGAUGUCCGGAGAAAUUUCUAUGAUUGGUUCGGUGAUCCUGGCCUUGUUCCUGGCCGGCUAUCUGGGCCAGCAGUACUUACCUCCCCCCAAACCCAAAGUGAUCGGCCUGGACCUGGGCACCACUUUUUGCUCUGUUGGCGUCUUCCACCCGGGCAGCGGGGAUGUGGAGGUGAUUGCAGAUGAAGAGGGGAGGAAGAGCAUCCCCAGCGCAGUCUCCUUUACCAAUACUGCGGUGCUGGCCGGACACGAAGCCGUAGAUCUCGCCGACGCCAACCCUCAAAACACCAUCUACGAUGCAAAGAGGUUCAUUGGGAAAAUAUUUGAGCCGGAAGUCAUGGAGCAGGAGAGUGCCCGGUACCCAUUUAAGGUGAUUAACAACAAUGGAAGUGCAGAGUUUCUGAUCUCCACCAACCACACCUUCACGGUGAGCCCAGAGUUCAUCGGCUCCAGGCUGCUGCUGAAGAUGAGGAAGAUGGCCGAGAGACAGCUGGGUGUGCCCAUCCAGAAAGCCGUCAUCUCGGUGCCGGCGGAGUUUGAUGAGAGACAGAGGAACUACACUGUCAGGGCUGCCAACCUGGCUGGCUUGGAGAUCCUGCGUGUGAUCAAUGAACCCACAGCGGCAGCCAUGGCCUACGGCCUCCACAAGGUGGACGUCUUUAACGUGCUGGUGGUCGAUCUCGGGGGAGGAACCCUGGACGUGUCUCUGCUCAACAAACAGGGGGGAAUGUUCCUCACCAGAGCCAUGGCAGGAAAUAACAAACUGGGAGGUCAAGACUUCAGCCAGAGGUUGCUCCAGUACACCACAGAGCGUGUCCGACAGGAGUUUGGCGUCCCGCCCACCCUCAAAGAGGACAUCCAUCGUCUCCGACAGGCUGUGGAAGCCGCCAAGAUCAACCUCACCCUCCAACCCGGGGUCACCAUCAAGGUGCCCCUGCAUCUUCACGCGCACGGCAACUCCGAGUCACCUGAAGGCUCUGCUGCUGCCCCGGUUCUCUUCCAGGCUGUGAUCACUCGCGAGCUGUUUGAGGAGCUCAACGAGGACCUUUUCCAGAAGAUUCUGGCUCCUGUCGAGACCGUGUUAGCUGAGGGCCACCUGGAGAAAGAGGAAGUGGAUGAGAUCGUCCUGGUUGGAGGGUCCACCAGGAUACCGCGGAUCAGGAGGCUGAUCAGCGAGUACUUUGGGAAGGAGCCCAACACAUCAGUAGAUCCUGACCUGGCUGUGGUGACAGGCGUGGCCAUUCAGGCUGGCAUCAUGGGAGGUUCCUGGCCUUUGCAAGUGAGCGCUAUAGAAAUCCCCAACAGACACCUGCGCAAGACGAACUUUAGCUAAUCUUGAUUAAGUUUAUUUAUUAAGAUUAAAGGGAUGCCACAGAAACGUGCCACAGAUUCUGAACUGUGUCAUGCUUCUCUAAAGUGCUCAAUUUAAAAUCUGCUGGUGUGAGAAAAAUGCACAACAAAAAUUACUGUCACCAAAAAUGGAGGCGUACGAGAUAUUCAGGUUUUCAGCUCUUCUUGUGCUUCUUUGCGAAAGGUGGCAGUAACAAAAAAAAAAAAAAAAGAUAAGUGCAAACAUCUAUUGCAUUCCACUUUGACGUGCAAUGACUGGUAACAUCAGCGGAAAUCAACAGUUCUCUUUUCAUUGUCAAAGUCCCAGCUGCUUUUGUUGUGCAAAGUUUCAGCAGAAACCACAUGGUGAGAUUCUGAUGAAAUGGGAGUGAGAAGCUUCUCUGUCGUGUAUCUACUAAUCCAGCCCGCUUCACUGAUGAUGCUUAGUUAUGGUAGAUACUGUAAUGGUGUUCAAUUCAGGGAACAACCACUCAUUUAAAGGAUUUAAAGACUAGCCAGUAUGUCUUCAUCUAUUUAUUUAUUUAUUCUCAUUUAACAGUAUGGCUGCGUGUGUGUAAAUACGUACGAGUGCAGGUGUUUUGCAGGCCUUUAAAGUGUUUUCUUCCCAUCAAAGGCUGACAUAUUGUGUGCAUGUGCCUUUUUAGAAAGCUGCUAUAUUGUUUGAAAUGAAGUGAACCGCUGCAAGUUGGUGGUUCAGACAGAGACCUUUGUCCAGGUCCCUGAGAUGAUUUUACAUCCACUGGAAAGCAACUGGGACACAGAGACACCUCAGAGAUGGACAAUUAAUUUAAAAUGAAUUCACUGCAAUAUAGACUAGUCACCUCAUACAUAAGGCAUUUAGGUGAGGUGCUGACUCAGAGCCCCCCAGCUAACAGAUGAAGGUGUGUGUCGGAGAAAGCCUUAAUGUUCACACAGUACUGUAAAUGUUAACUCAUUAGCAUAACUGCCCCUGUAUUUGAAGAGGAUGCAGGUCAGAUUAUUUGCCUGUCAGAGAUAUGGAGGACACAUGCUCAUUGCUGCACUUUGGCAACUUCCACGUGUUGCCCAACUUCCACUUUUUUUGUGCAACAUCCCAUGUUUUAUUGAAAUGGCAGACACUUAUACGCUUCAAAUAAUUUCGCUGCACGUGAGAGUUUGCUUUUACUGCUGUAAGUAGAGAGAGUCAACUGAUCGUCCCACAGAAGGACCAAAGCAUUGCUUACUGGUUCCUUGUGUAUUUGAUAUUGAGAAAUGUGUUACCGUCACAGAUCAGAGUGCCUAAAUUGUGAUGAAUAAUUUAGUGUGAAAAAAAUCAGUUUCACCUGCACUUAUCCUUAUUGACAGUAGGCUGCUUAUUGUUCAUCCACCAUGUAGGUUGACUUCCAUUUCUAUUCCAAAAUUUCUGUGAAAAUAACACAGUAUUCUGUAUCUGUCAAGAUCAGUGAGAUCACCAAGAACUUAAGGUACUUACAUUCCUUUAAAACUGUCACAACUCUUUUCUUGCCAAACACCAUUCAUGAGUAGGUGUAUUUGUUUAUUUCCUUUUUCUCAGAUGAUGUAUCUCUCAUUUUGUAACUGAGAUCUUGAUGUAAGAGAUUUCAGUUAAGAUGAAGCAAAUUUGAGGCUCUGCUGUUUGUAUUUGAUACUGUACAAAUAGUUUCAGUCCCUAUGGAAAUAGGGAGACCAAAAAAAUAAAACAAAAACAAUGGGACUAGGAUCUAUUUUUAUAUUCCAAGAAUUACUCAUUGUCAGAGUUGAGCCACAUAUGAAAUAAGUUAAAUUGCUAUGACCUAUUAAAAUUGCAUUUCUCAACUUC